AUGGAUGAUCCCAACCAAAACCCCCAGGUCAAGCCUGGCCGACUCCCGAGUCUCCUUAACCCCAAGUUUCCAAUCUCGAACGCGACAUUUCAUUUGUUUCCUAACCUUCCUACGGAGCUAAGACAAAUGAUUUGGGAGCAAAGCCUGACGUGUGAGCGAUACAUUAAAGUUGAACUUUGCACUAUCGACAAAACCACUGGCAAAAUUCGUCGCGGUGGAGUUCCUGGUGGAAUUCCGGGUGCAAUUCCUGGCAUCACCCGGCCACUCACAGGGCCAUAUAGAAUUCUUUUCCAUCAUCCACCAAAGCCUGGCGCCUUAUUCAGUACCAGCGCCGAAUCUCGUGCUAGCGCCCAGCGAUUUUAUCGCAUAGUCCUUCCUUGUUUCUAUGUCACGGAGUCUCCCUUGAUCACAGAUUCACUUCAUGAUAGUCAACAGAACACCGAGCGCAAUCCGCAAGGGAUCGUUUUGAGCUACGUUGGUCCCCAAAGUCACAGACGACCUCAAGCUCUCAUACCAGGGACACUUUCCCUCAAUCCUGAGCUAGAUACCUUGGAGAUUGAUGGCCUGCCCCUGUUCACAAACUUUGCGAAUGACGUUUGGAAUCAUGACCCGCGUAAAGCAGGCUUAUAUCACGUAGCCUUCUUAUAUACACAUUGGUCUUUCUCUUUCAGGGUUCAUCAUCUUCCCUGUUAUGCCAGAUCAGAAGAACAGCUGCGCCAGGUCGUGGCCCGGCUUCGAAGUGUCACAUUUAUACACUACGCUGAUGUGGACAAAGUAUCCUACAAAUGUCCCGCUGAGCACCAGUGCCUAUUGCACUAUCGCUGUUUACUUCCUGUCGCAGGGGCUACCGGCAACUUUUCAAGACAGCAGGAUCCACGACACAUCGGGCACGAAGUACUUAAUAAUGUUUAUUUCGAUCUUUCCGACACCUCAGACCUCGGACGGCCAUACCAAAAAUGGAUGGGGUUGGUAGAGAAAUUGAGAGUGACAACACCAUGUGUCUACAAAAUUGCAUACACAACUAAUCGAAGUAAAUCGCCGAUUAGUUGUGAAUCUGACACUGUUGUUCAUUUGAAGUCCGAAGGCGAAAGACGGGAACAAAAGCGACUUAAUGGAAAAGGAUUCCAGCAAGAACAAGUAUGGAUGCAUCUCAAGGAGACCACAGGGCAGUUCAAUGGAGCAGUUGAAACCGCAAUAGGGUUUUGGACAUUUCCUAUUGAGUCUCUUGGCCAAAUCAGCAGAGCCCAUAACCGUUCAGAAGAUCAACGGUGCGGGAAGAUCCCUGCAGCCGACGGUGAGUUUGACAUGAACUUGGACCGCCACGCUAAGCUCCUAGCAAAUGAGGGUUGGGAUAAAGCAGGAUACUAA